CACCGUCACCAUACUUCACCGUCACCAUCAUUACCGCCAUCACCAUCAUCACCGCCACCACUAUCAUCAUCACCGCCACCACUAUCAUCAAACCGCCUAGAGGCUGUCACUGGUCUGCUGCUUUGGCUUCCCACCUCUCCCCUUUACCCACCUCCUCUCCCUUUACCCUCCUCUCCCCUUUCACCC